UAAUAGAUGAUAUAGCAAUAGCAACCUCUAGUAAAACUCUUAAUAAAAAUACUAGUAGAACUAGUAAAACAAUCUUAGAAAUUACUAGUAAAAAUAGCAAUAAAACUACUUAUAAAAUUAAUAAUAAAACUACUAGUGAAAUUACUAAUAAAACUGUUAGUGAAACUACUAGUAAAACUAUUAGUUAA